AUGCAGUUCUCCACCCUGAUCGCCUUGACCGUUGCCACCUCGAUGGCCGUCCUCUUUGCCACGGCCGCUCCCACCGGUCCCAAGUGCGGUACUGGCUGCCCUACUGUUUACCAGCCCAUCUGCGCCAAGGCCGUUGAUGGCUUGAACAAGGUCUUUGUCAACGCCUGCGAGCUCAAGAACUUCAACUGCAAGCACCCCAAGGCCAACUUUGCUGUCGUCGCCGAAUCUGACUGCAAGGACUUUGUUGCCAUCGACAAGCGUGCCGCUGCCUCUGCCUCCCCCAAGUGCGACACGAUCUGUCCCACCGUCUACCAACCUGUCUGCGCCAGGGCCAUCGAUGGAUUGAACAAGGCUUUCGGCAACGCCUGUGAGUUGAAGAACUACAACUGCAAGCACCCCAAUGCCAACUUUGUCACUAUCGCCGACUCUGAGUGCAAGGACAUCCCCACCCCUACUCCCGUCUGCAACAAGGUCUGCCCUCUCAACUACGAGCCUGUCUGUGCCAAGAUCCAAUCCGGUGAGAGCAAGACGUUUGGCAACGCCUGCGAGUUGAACGUGUACAAGUGUGAGAACCCCACCGACAAGAUCGAGUUGCUUGCCUCUGCCGAGUGCGCAGCCGCUUCCCCCGCCUGUGCCAUUGCCUGUCCCGCUAUCUACAAGCCCGUCUGUGCCAAGCACUCCAACGGUGAUCUCCAAACCUUUGGCAACAAGUGCGAGUUGAGUGUCUUCAACUGCAAGAACCCCGCCAUUGCCUUCUCCCUUGUCACCGAGGGUGACUGCGAUGCCAACUAA